AUGUCCCAAGUCCCAUCUGUUUCCGAUCCCUCGCUAACCGACGGUAUGGAUAGCCCUCAACAGUCACGUCAGCCUUCCACUUCAUCUACGGUCCUCGACCCAGAGCCAGAUCAGAGUCUCCCCUCCCUGAGGGAGGUUGUAGGGCCCGAGUAUCACGCUGAACGGCCCUUACUGCCUCAACCAGGCCCGACUCCCGCUAUCCCCCAACUUUUCAUCCCAGGCGUCUCGGCCGUAUACCUCGACCCCCCUCCCACCGGAACAUACCAUAUUGGCGGCAUCAAACACAACAUGGUGCAACCACCCAACGAAACCAAGAGUGAAUUCUCCCGAUUCACCAUCGACGGCAGACGUAUCACAUAUAGUCUAGAGGUGGUGCAGCAACCCGAGAAGGCUCGAGCAUGCGGCUCCGGUCCCAGAUCAUCGGCCGACCGCAGACCAGUUGAUCCCCCUCCAGUUGUCGAGCUCAGAGUAUUUUCCAACGAGACCGAUGUCACCAUGAUUUAUGAUGCCACCUUUAUGCUAUAUGCGAGCUUGGAAGUGGCACGGCCAAUCGCCUCGGGCAAGAUGCAUACCCCUCCGGCAAUUCCAGUGUUGACUGGUGUUGCCGUGGCCAGCGCCGCGUAUCUUGACCGGCCCGAACGAGCUGCCUACUUCAUCUUUCCAGACCUAUCGGUCCGGCACGAAGGUUGGUAUCGACUCAAAUUCUCCCUCUUCGAAGGGGUCAAGCAUGAAAUGGAUGCGGACCAUGGAAAACCAUUCACCGUUCCUCCCCCAUCGAGCGAGAAGUUCACCCCACCUGUUCGUCACGAAAGCAUGUCCAAUCGCUUGGAAGUUCAAUCGGUUCCGUUCCAGGUUUACAGUGCCAAGAAAUUCCCAGGCCUGAACACCAGCACGGCACUGAGCAAGCUGGUCGCCGAUCAGGGUUGCCGAGUUCGCAUCCGGCGGGAUAUCAGGCAGAGAAAGAGAGCGAAGAAGGCCGGUGCUGAUGCCGAUGAUGAUCACAACAGUUCAUACCACGGCACUCCCCAAGCCACAUACCGGGCACUGGAGCAUUCACGGUCGGCCAGUCGAAAUAGCCUCGGCAGUCAAUACGAAGCCGAAACCGCGAGAAGAGCAUCAAUCGAAAGUAUCUAUGGCCGACCUGCGAUCCCAAGUCGCCAAUCGUCCAUUGCAAGCAUGCCUCUCGCGAGUCCUUCGUUACCCAGUUUGACUCCAACCUCUUCAAUGCCACCGCCCCCGGCAUUCAAUCCACCCCCACCUCCAGCCCCUCGACAUAUCCUCGACAGUCCUGUUGGCCCGGCACCCACCAUGCGUGCUCCUCCUGCUCCCGCUUCCAGGUCCUACCAAUCCACCACGCCCACGCCCACGCCCAGCGGCACUCAGCCUCCUCACAUGAGGCCCAUCACGCCCGACAAUGAUAACAACCUCAUUCUCCCGCCCCUGCACUUCCCCAUCAGCACGAGUAAUGUGUCAUACGACCAGAAUACCCGACAGUGGAAUUUACCAGAGUCGUCUUCCACCAAACGGUCAUACAGUCCGCAAACCUAUGACCAUGGUGCCGCUCUGAAAGCAGGAGCACGACCAAUGGCGCCCGUUCUUGCCCCCACCCCUCCGGCCCGUCAUUACCCACCGUCCGGUGCCAAUGAUUACAUUGAACCAGACACCAGAACUCGUGAGAUUCGAGAAGAGGAAGACGAUGAUCUAAUGGACGGGGAAUUGGUAUACACUCGUGCCGAUGGCACGAAAGGCAAUAAAAUUGCUCGAAUUCUGAACCCCUACGUUCGUUGA